AUGCCCCCGUUCCCACCGUCCAGGGGGCGGAAUCGGGAAUCCCAGGCCCCCAGCACCGGACCCCCUCCUUCCAAUACCCUGACAAAUGGACCCUCCUCAACGAUGACUUCCCUUGUAGGGCUCCCCAGCAGCUGGAUCGUAACCGAGACUGGAACUGGGGGAGUCGUAACGCCGACCUCGGCUGCUGAAUCAACAUCUCAUCACUCCGAUUAUACCUCCCGGUCUUCUCGAUCUGUCUCGUCCUCGGUUUCGGCUUCUUCUGGUAACGGCGGACAUGACAUGACUACUACUACCUCUACUGGUUCUGGAAGCGCUCCUACCGGCACCGGCUCUCUCCCUGGCUCCGCUCCAGGCUCUCCUGUCCCUACAGGAAUCAACGGCGGCGGCAGCAACAACCCUACAAAUGGUGGUGCAUCUCCAACGGACCCGGCAAUGCAGGCUCCCGGCAGUACUGGUGCAAUCCACUCGGUUAGCAAUGCUCUGCUCCUCUCCUUCUGUGCCAUUGCCGCCUGGGCUCUGGUCUAG